UGUAAAAAUCCGAAGGAUGUGUCGGUCGAAAACAUGGUGGUUAUGAUGGAUAUUUCGCUCAUGGAUAAUCAAGAUAAUAACGAGGAUUUACCAAAAUAUGAUACGCUGGAACAAUUCGUAGAAAAUGAUUUGAACGGUUUAACGCCGUUCCCAGACAAUCAAACGGGGACCAUGAGUCAACUGGACGCCUACCCCGGGGACAGGGGCAUGAAUGCUGUACUCUCAGAACACCAGGGGGACCUCAUUCGGACCGGAAGUCCAAACUUCCUGUGCACCAAGCUGCCGUCACACUGGCGAUCGAACAAAACGCUCCCUGCGCCCUUCAAAUUAAUCGCCACCGGUGAAAUUAAAGACGGGACAAAAGUGACAAUUGCUUGUGGAAAUGACGAGAACUAUUUCGGAGAAAUUCGCAACAAUACGGCUUAUAUGAAAAAUCGAGUGGCGAAAUUCAACGAUCUGCGAUUUGUUGGAAGAAGUGGCAGAGGAAAGAGCUUCACACUGUCGAUCAUCGUGGCGACCCACCCGCCUCAGAUCGCCACCUACAACAAGGCCAUUAAGGUCACCGUAGACGGACCCAGAGAAGCCCGCAGCAAGACUAAACUGCGAACAGAUGACCGCCGGAUACUCCGUGGUCCAAUCGACAUUCCGAUGGAGCGGCCCAUGUCGGACCCUUCCUGUCCCAACCGCCGCCUGCCUGCCCACCUGGCAGAACUGGAGACGCUCCGACAGAACACACAGGGGGUCGACGGUUCCCGCCGAAUUCUCCAUCCGUCGUCUGACACUAACGGAUACCAUAAUUCCGCAGACCGCCGUAGUCCUUGGGAAAGCUUCGACUCUCUGCCUCCAUACACAAAAGAGAGCAUCUUCCAGGCCAACACCGGAAGUCCUGGGGCGUACUCGCAGUCGCAAAGCAUUUCAAAUUUAGGUCAUCGUUUGUCGCCGCCAGAUAUGGACAUCUCCCUGUCCGACCCCCGUUUCACCAGCCUUGCCAGCAUUACAGACCUGCAAGUGCCCGUGACGUCACAGGAAGCAGCGCACAUUGACCGCUCUUACCCACUGUUGUCCGAUCCACAUCGCAUGGAAAUCAGAUUGCCGGCGCGUCUUCAGUUUUCAGAUGCCCGUUUUUCUGAAUCGCUCCCUCUGAACUCCGCGGCACUGUCAGUUCCGUUCAACACGUCUGCGUCAAAUCUGGCUAUUCUCCAAGAGAGUCGCGCAAUAUCGUCGCUGUCUGGCCACUGUAACACUGGGCCGUCUAGUUCAUACCAGAUGUUGUCGUCUGAUCUGUUCAGCAGCAUGAACCACCAGUCAACUUUCUCCUCCUCGUUCACUAUACCAUCGUCACCGCAACUUUCGGCCGGCCUAAUGACCGGAUAUCCGCACCUUCAUUCCGCACCGAUUCAGAAUUUGCAAAACACUAUUUAUGCUCCGACGGGAGAGAUGCGUACGUAUGAAAUCCUUGGCCAGAAAUCGGUCGACAUGAUGCUUCAAAGGCCAAUGGAAAUUUCCGCACGUCAAGAGCGACAGUUGAUGUCCCCGCCGAAUUCUCUGAGGAUGCAGAUGGACAAUAAUCAUAUACGAGACAACGAACGAGAAAUGCAGACGAAUCAUUCGCCUCAUCAUUCGGACGCCUCGGUGAUAGUCGGCGGCCACUCACCGCCACGUCUGGGUCGCUCGAACGCAGACAGCAGCGUGUGGCGACCAUAUUGAAAACCGCCAUCUUGGAAUUCAAAAGUGAAUGGCGGCCAUUUUGAAAUCCGCCAUCAUGGAAUUCCGUUCGAGGCGGUGGACUUAAUCCGAUGAAGUCGAAAUUUCAGCAUUUUGUUUACAUUGCCUUAAUGUGUGAUCGAACAUGUACCAAAGAAUUGUAUUGUGUCUUGUUACACUUUAAAAAUGCAUAGGUUUUUAUUUUAUUACGCGAUGUGGUUGAAGGAGUUAUUGUUGGUACACAUAAUAUUACUUCUAUAGUAUUGAUACUUCUUGUUGAUUGCUAUAGAACCAUUUUGUUGUAAAUACUUUGAAGAUGUUAAAGCAUUAUAUAUUUAAGACUUCGGUUCGCAUUUAUUCUCAAUAUUAUAAUGAAAAGCAUGCGGAGUGCUUUUGAAAGUCACUGAUCUGUGGUGCUAAAGUUGUACGAGGAACGCUUGAUACUACAUUUGGGAAAUACAAAUGGACAUUCUCACAUUUUAUCACGCAUUUUCCACGACUUGUUUCAUAUUGCCUUUUUAGUUAUUGAAGGCUGAUUCCCAUGUUACUCGUGUAUUGACUUUCAUUUUUUGUUACACACUGUCUGCGAUGUUUUUAUCAUACCACAUUUUACUGGGAAAAUAUUGAAAAUUCAACGCAUGAGAUGAAUCAAAAUUUAGAUAUGCCUGUGUGUGAUGUCCUUAAUCUUAUUGUUAUGUAUUACCUUUUAUUUUAUUUUAACUGGCGACAUAAAACAGUUGUUGUAUAUAUUUGUCUCAUUAACCUACAUAAUAGGAAUAGCAUUUUCUGAAUUUUCGGACACGUCAUUGAAAAUUGGAGAUUUCUUGUGUACGAAACUGAUUGCCGAUUUCGGUUGCGUUUACAUAUUUAUUUCUGAAAAGUUUUUUAUUGCUUAUGAUUAAGUUUUGCUUCUAAUGGUUGUAAAAAAUAAAUACGCGUACUUGAAUAUGAAAUCGUCAUUUAUAAUGUACAAAUUUAUUAAAACGUUUUUAUCAUUUUUAGCAAUAGUGCUUUUUUUCGGACUAUUUCAUAGUGUUAUUUGGAGAUUGUGUAUUAAUAUUUUAAUGAGCCCCAUUGUCCAUAAAUACAAAAUAUUAUGCUAUAAAUAAGGAUGUCUUUAAGUGCAAUAUAAAUGUUAUUUUUUUAAAUAAUCAUAGCGUAUACAAGUCAUAUAUAGUGAAUACAAUUUCUGUGUUUGCCGCACUACUGAUGCAUACACCUUUUUUCUAAUGGUGCGUCAAUUCUUUUGUUUUCAAUUUUGUUCGCAAUUAUUAAGAUUUUGGGAGAUGAAUAAUUGACAAGAAAUAUUUGUAAAGCAUCAUUCGGUAAUUUGAAACCAAUCCCAAUCCCAUAUUUUGGAAGAAUCCUUCAGUUCAUGCUCCUAGUCCCAAUUACUAAGACUUGUAAAUGCGUGUAUACAUGUAUAUUUCGAACUUGUGUUUUAGUAUUGUUAGAUCUCAUUCAUAUUAAGGAAACCAUUAUCUGACAUGCUCGCUUACCGUAGUUUUAUCAUAUCUCCAUAAUUGACACGUAUUAAAUGAAUUUGAGCCAUGCUUUGUGAAAAAAGAAGUUUAAUGCAUGUGCGUAAAGUGCCGUCCCAGAUUAGCCUGUGCAAUUCGCACAGGCUAAUCAACCACGACACUUUCCGCCUUAACUGGAUUUUCGCUAAGAAGAGAAUUCUUUAAAUGAAAAAUAUCAUAAAAGCUGAAAAAUAUCAUAAAAGCGGAAAGUGUCGUCCCUGAUAAGCGGACUUCACAGGCUAAUCUGGGACGACACUUUGCUCACAUGCAUUAAACCCCCUUUUCACAGAGCACGGCUAAUUUAUAUAUUGUUUUGAGGUUCUUGUUUUGAAUUAAAUUUUUAAUAUUUUGCAUGUUGUAUUGUUUGCCAUAUUUUGUUGGCGUUAUGUGGACCUAUCUUGAUAUUUUAGUAUCGGUAUUUGCAUAUGUGAGCAAUGUAAUGCAUUCUCAAUGAACAAAAAUAAAUUAUAUGUAAUA